AUGGCCGAGCCCAAGCAUCAAGCCUUCUUCGAAUCACUUCUGGCCAAAUUUGUCAAGGAAUGCGGCGGGUUUGGAAAUGGUGCCACAGUGCUGAAGAUCGUGAAGGAGUACUGGAAAUCGCGAGAAGAACAAGGGCGGAACGGCGUGCAUUCGGAAUUCCUGACAGACGCUCACGUUUUGUUGAUAUGA